CUAGCGUCCUUCCCCCAAUCCCCUCAGGCUCGGCUGCGCCGGGGGCCGCGGGCCGGUUCCUGAGGUGGCCCAGGAGCCCUCCCGCCGCCGGCGCCGCCCCGGCCGUCCCUCCCCAACCGCCCCCCGCCCUCCGCCUCCGCCUCCCCCCGCCCCUCCGCCCUCCGCCUCCCUUCCCCCUCCCCGCCCAGCAGCGGUCGCUCCGGCCCCGGGUCUCGGUUAUAAGAUGGCGGCGCUGAGCGGCGGCGGCGGCGCGGAGCAGGGCCAGGCUCUGUUCAACGGGGAUAUGGAGCCCGAGGCCGGCGCCGGCGCCGCGGCCUCUUCGGCUGCGGACCCUGCCAUUCCCGAGGAGGUGUGGAAUAUCAAACAAAUGAUUAAGUUGACACAGGAACAUAUAGAAGCCCUAUUGGACAAAUUUGGUGGGGAGCAUAAUCCACCAUCAAUAUAUCUGGAGGCCUAUGAAGAAUACACCAGCAAGCUAGAUGCCCUCCAACAGCGAGAACAACAGUUAUUGGAAUCCCUGGGGAAUGGAACUGAUUUUUCUGUUUCUAGCUCUGCAUCAACAGACACCGUUACAUCCUCUUCCUCCUCUAGCCUUUCAGUGCUACCUUCAUCUCUUUCAGUUUUUCAAAAUCCCACAGAUGUAUCACGGAGCAAUCCAAAGUCACCACAAAAACCUAUCGUUAGAGUCUUCCUGCCCAAUAAACAGAGGACAGUGGUACCUGCAAGAUGUGGAGUUACAGUCCGAGACAGUCUAAAGAAAGCUCUGAUGAUGAGAGGUCUAAUCCCAGAGUGCUGUGCUGUUUACAGAAUUCAGGAUGGAGAGAAGAAACCGAUUGGCUGGGACACUGAUAUUUCCUGGCUCACUGGAGAGGAACUACAUGUAGAAGUGUUGGAAAAUGUCCCGCUUACCACACACAACUUUGUACGGAAAACUUUUUUCACCUUAGCAUUUUGUGACUUUUGUCGAAAGCUGCUUUUCCAGGGUUUUCGCUGUCAAACAUGUGGUUAUAAAUUUCACCAGCGUUGUAGUACAGAGGUUCCACUGAUGUGUGUUAAUUAUGACCAACUUGAUUUGCUGUUUGUCUCCAAGUUCUUUGAACACCACCCAAUACCACAGGAGGAGGCCUCCAUAGCAGAGACUGCCCUUACGUCCGGAUCAUCCCCUUCUGCUCCCCCCUCCGAUUCUACUGGGCCCCAAAUCCUCACCAGUCCGUCUCCUUCAAAAUCCAUUCCAAUUCCACAGCCUUUCCGACCAGCAGAUGAAGAUCAUCGAAAUCAAUUUGGACAACGAGACCGGUCCUCAUCAGCUCCAAAUGUGCAUAUAAACACAAUAGAACCUGUCAAUAUUGAUGACUUGAUUAGAGACCAAGGGUUUCGUAGUGACGGAGCCCCUUUGAACGAGCUGAUGCGCUGUCUUCGGAAAUGCCAAUCCCGGACUCCCAGUCCCCUCCUACAUUCUGUCCCCAGUGAAAUAGUGUUUGAUUUUGAGCCUGGCCCAGUGUUCAGAGGAUCAACCACAGGUUUGUCUGCCACCCCCCCUGCCUCAUUGCCUGGCUCACUCACUAAUGUGAAAGCAUUACAGAAAUCUCCAGGACCUCAGCGGGAAAGGAAAUCAUCUUCAUCCUCAGAAGAUAGGAAUCGAAUGAAAACACUUGGUAGACGGGAUUCAAGUGAUGAUUGGGAGAUUCCUGAUGGGCAGAUCACAGUGGGACAGAGAAUCGGAUCCGGGUCAUUUGGGACAGUCUACAAGGGAAAGUGGCAUGGUGAUGUGGCAGUGAAAAUGUUGAAUGUGACAGCGCCCACACCUCAGCAGUUACAGGCCUUCAAAAAUGAAGUAGGAGUACUCAGGAAAACUCGACAUGUGAACAUCCUACUUUUCAUGGGCUAUUCAACAAAGCCCCAACUAGCUAUUGUUACCCAGUGGUGUGAGGGCUCCAGCUUGUAUCACCAUCUCCACAUCAUCGAGACCAAAUUUGAGAUGAUCAAGCUUAUAGAUAUUGCACGGCAGACUGCGCAGGGCAUGGAUUACUUACACGCCAAGUCAAUCAUCCACAGAGACCUCAAGAGUAAUAAUAUUUUUCUUCAUGAAGACCUCACAGUAAAAAUAGGUGAUUUUGGUCUAGCCACAGUGAAAUCUCGAUGGAGUGGGUCCCAUCAGUUUGAACAGUUGUCUGGAUCCAUCUUGUGGAUGGCACCAGAAGUGAUCCGAAUGCAAGAUAAAAACCCAUAUAGCUUUCAGUCAGAUGUCUAUGCAUUUGGGAUUGUUCUAUAUGAAUUGAUGACCGGACAGUUACCUUAUUCAAACAUCAACAACAGGGACCAGAUAAUUUUUAUGGUUGGACGAGGAUAUCUUUCUCCAGAUCUCAGUAAGGUACGGAGUAACUGUCCAAAAGCCAUGAAGAGAUUGAUGGCAGAGUGCCUAAAAAAGAAAAGAGAUGAGAGGCCACUCUUUCCCCAAGAAAGGUCCAGAAGAAAGUAUAGACUCUUUAACAGUGGUUACCCCUGGAAGAUUCUCGCCUCUAUUGAGCUGCUGGCCCGCUCAUUGCCAAAAAUUCACCGCAGUGCAUCAGAACCCUCCUUGAAUCGGGCUGGCUUCCAAACAGAGGAUUUUAGUCUAUAUGCUUGUGCUUCUCCAAAAACACCCAUCCAGGCAGGGGGAUAUGGAGAAUUUGCAGCCUUCAAGUAGCCACACCAUCAUGGCAACAUCUACUCUUAUUUCUUAAGUCUUGUGUUCGUACAAUUUGUUAACAUCAAAACACAGUUCUGUUCCUCAAAUCUUUUUUUAAAGAUACAGAAUUUUCAAUGCAUAAGCUGGUGUGGAACAGAAUGGAAUUUCCCAUCC